AUGACGUCUCGCAGGCAAGGUCAACUAUGUACUCGUGGAGAGAAUGAGGGUAACCUGCCGAAUGAUAAUCAUGCUAAGUUUAUGGAGGCAAUGACUAACCUAGCUAACACCAUGCAACCGAACGCUGCUGCGACUGCUCGGGCUAUAAAGAGGAUGGGACAUGGGAAUCGUAAUGGCAAUGGAAAUGGAGAAGGUGUGGGAAACAGCUUGGGCAGUGGUGUUCCGAUGACGUUAGUGACCUUUUUGAAGGUUAACCCGCCAAGUUUUAAGGGAUCGACGGAUCCUACUAAAGCAGAUAACUGGUUUCAAGCCAUGGAGCGUGCGUUGAAUGGUCAACAUAUUCCAGAGAAUCAGUUCGUGGAGUUUGCAGCCUAUCAGUUGUUGGGUGAGGCACAUCACUGGUGGCAAGGGGAGUGUCGACUAAUGCAACUUCAGAAUGGGGACAUCCCAUGGGAACUGUUUAAGACUAUAUUCUAUAAGAAGUACUUUUCGAAGUCGAUGAGGGAAGUACGGGAAUUUGAACUCAUGCAACUGAAGCAAGAGUCUAUGACUGUGGCACAGUACACCAGCAAGUUCGAAGAACUUUAA